AUUACAACAUGUUUACAGAAGCUUCAUGUAACGCCGCACAGUGAAGUUAUGAUUUGUGGUUUGUUGUGUACUGUAGUUACUAUACUAUGGCUUGUUGAAUGAAUUACUAUAUGAAAAUGGAGAGUCCAGAAGAUCUUCAUGUCCUACUAGAAACCAGUAACCUUUUGAGCUACAAGAGUGCUCUUCUAGAACAAGGUGCUGACGACGUAGACCAGUUGGUGGAUCUCACUCCUGAAGAGUUCCAACAGCUCUGCUCAAUGAUUGGAAUGGACAAGAAACCAUUUCACGUACUCCGACUCAAAAAAGCACUCGAGAAAAAGCAACAACCUCCCCCCUCGGCCUCCCAACCAUCGAGAGAACAGUCUCCCCUUCUUUAUUCCCUACCCGCAGUUACCCCAGCCAACAGUAAAGAACUCUCAGCUCCUUCCAUAAACAACAGCUUCCCUCAACCAAAUCCAGUCGUUACCUCCACUAAGUACGUGGGCCCAAUACCGUUAUUACUACCUGUGCAACUUGAACCACAAGUAACCCAAGAGACACAAAACAAAUCAUUUUUACCUCCAUAUCUUCAAUCAGAUUCACUCACGUCCGAUUUUUCAGCCCUCGUGGAUUAUCAAACCCAAGUGCAGUGUACCCUUGGCCCGCCUCCUUGUAACCCAAAGACUUGGAACAAGAAAAGAAAGGCUAUUAUCAAGCAACAUGCCUCGUUUUUUCACAAAGACAAUCCACAGAAGGAAAGUUUAUCGCAGUUUCAGCAACAUAUUAACGAAGCUGCUUUUCAGUUAUGUUUGCGAGAUCCCACCUUGAUAGUGCGAAGAAAUGAAUUGUUUUUGUUGUCGGAGAGAGCAUUACAACAAGGCCAAUAUCACCACGGCAACCCUGCUGAGAUAAGCACUCCAACGAAACCCGCCAUCGGCCAGAAAAGAUCUAUAGAGAAUCGAUCUUCUAGUACGCCACAAGACGUUGCUGUGAACCCACUAGCAAAACGGCAGUACACUGAUCUGAAGCAGAAGCUGUCCACUCGAGAAAGACUAAGUCGAAUGAACACCUUGAAAGCUGAAAUGGAGGCUAAUGUGGCGUUUCAGAAAGUGAAAAUAGUUGCAAUGGAGGAAGCUAAAAACAGAGGAGAUGUAACGACAUCACAGGCUUUGCAGGAACAUGUCAAAUCACUUGGAGCUGAACUGCAACAACUCGAAGGGGCUCACAAUAUUCUGAAACGGAAACAGAAUCGAUCCGAUCGCUAUUUCAGAAUAAAAGGCAAGAAGAGCACCACUGAAGAGCAAAGCCUACAAAGUGAUAGUGGCUCUGCACAGGACCAACUUAGUCCUAUCGACUCUGUGCUGCUGUCUCCGGCCCAAGACAUGCAAUUCGAAACCCCAUCAGUGUACAACUUUCCCACCAGUAGUAGUAAUGGCGAGGAGAGAAGCAAAAGAGCAAGCAAACGCAAAGCUACCCCAAAGAAACUGAAGGCUGAAACGAGUAGUACUUCAAAUGAUGAUCCUUCUGAAUCAGAAAUCAAGAAUCUCGUGGAUAAUGUCAGCAAUGCUACAGAUCAAGUGAACUCUAUUUUAAGUAGAGAAGAAAUGAAUUGCAACCUCCUCAUGUACGAGACUGCACUGCUAGACCAAGGCACGUCUAAGUCUGACUUUAAAAUAACGCGUGCUGACGAUGUGAAUCAGUUGGUGGAUCUCACUCCUGAAGAGUUCCAACAGCUCUGCUCAAUGAUUGGAAUGGACAAGAAACCAUUUCACAUACUUCGACUCAAAAAAGCACUCGAGAAAUUCUCUACGGAUCCUAACUCGAUUCACUCUGCAAACAUAACGCCGCAACUACCUCCGAUAAUAAUUCCCAAACCACCAACCUCUUCACAAGUCCAUACAACUGAAGAUCUAACCAAUUUCUCACUACCAAAUCCAAAGUUGAUUCAUGUUACCGCCCCUAUUCCUGUCACUCUAGAACAAUCUUCAGUCACAUCCAACCAAUCGCAAACGAGCGACAACCAAUUCCUACCCUCCUAUUUACUUCCUGAUUCCAAUACAUCAGAUUUCUCUCCUCUUGUCGACAGCCAGACCCCCGUCCAAGUGACUCUAGACCACCCCCCGCCUUGCAAGCCUAGUACAUGGGAUGGGAAAAGAAAGGCCAUCAUACGAAAAUAUGCUUCCAUUCACGGCCGUCAUCUCGACCAAAAACAAACGCUGAAAGCAUUUGAAGAGCAUGUUAACGAAGCUGCUUAUCAGUUGUGUUUGAGAGACCCUACUCUGUUAGUGCGAACAGACGAGCUGCUUAUGCUAUCGAAAAGAGCUGUGAAAGAAGGUGGCUACUCGCAUUGCACUGAUGAAUCAAAAACACCCAAAUCUAACCCACUUAUGUCUAAGCCAGCUAUAGGAGAAAAAAGAACAUGGGAUGAUGCCUCUGCAUCAUCAUGUUCUCAAAUUUCAACUCCCGAAGCACCACCCUCUACGACUAAGAAUUUAACGGCGAGUACAGCACAAAGUUUUCAGAUCGAUGUCAAUAAUUAUAAUAGACUAUCUAGUAAAGAGAGAAGUGAUCGAAUGCAUUCGUUACAAUGUGAAAUUGAAGCUAACAAAGAAGUUCAGAAGAAAAAGUUUUCGGCCCUCGACGAAGCUAGAACGAACGGCGACCAUUCCUUGUCAUUCAAUUUACGAUUGGAGGUGGAAUCUCUCGGUAUAGAGUGUCAAGAACUGGAGAAUGUGUAUUUGCUACUUAAACGAAAGCAAGCACGAUCGAAUCGUUACUACAGAAGCAAAACUAAAAAGCAGUCCACAAAUGAAGAGGAUUUGACUCCCGAUCACAAUAAAGUGUUUAAAAAAGUCAGCGACACACCACGUAGUUCGAUAAAUACUAGAUCUACCGGUAGUGCAACUGAUCGCUUAACAUUAGAUGAAAAUGUCAUCAAAACCUAGUUCGUCAAAACCUUGUUCCGAACCUUAAGCCCCAACCCAAGUGAAUAGAAUAUAUAACUAUUUUUAUAGCAAUGUUUGCCAACAAUGUAUUACUAUAUAUUAA